AUGUGUCUUUUUUGUUUUUAUCACUGUACAAAUAUAUCAGAAAAACAAUUCGGGUUCCUUAAUCAGAGAAGUACAAUUUCCCAACUGAUCGCCUACCAGAACAAGCUUGUUUUCAAUUCUUUAAAUGGGUUAGAUACCCAUAGCGUCUAUAUUGAUUUCCAGAGGGCCUUCGAUACAGUGCCGAUAAACAAAUUGAUUAUAAGUUGGAAAGCUUUGGGAUAUCUCCCAAACUAA